GUCAGAGAGCCUUGCUACCUUGCAGCUGAGCUUCAGUUGCUCCACUGUACCCAGGCAUACAAGCCACCUCUGCCCUACUCAGUCUGUUCUGGCCGUCCGCCAAGCGAGCUCUAGCGUUUCAGUUUGUGUGCUACAGGAAAAGUCUAACUUGCCUGGAUCCUUAGUCGACCCCUCACUGUGUGACUGCAGAUUUGUACAGGCGCAAGGUCCGCCAUGAUUGUCGUUCGCCUAACCCAGCUGUUUGACUCUGUCAAGCAGACGCUGUUUAUUUUAGGAACAGCUCUCAUUGGCUUCCUUGCUCUCAGAAACUCUGUAGUAUGGCACAUGCAGCAGUUCUGGGGAGCGUCCGGGGACUUCUGGCAGAGGCAAUGGGCGGCCAUGUACAACCAGGUCGGCAAUGAGCUCUUGCUCACCACCGUAGGGUCGUUUGUGUUCACCGUCUCUGUGUUCUGGUUGGCUAAUGCUGUUCUCCUGGUCCUCGACCUGACCGGCUGGCCGGCAUUUCUACUCAAGUACAAAAUCCAGGCAGAUAAGAAUAACCCGGUCAAGAAGUCAGACCUGCUGCGUGCCGUGAAGGUGGCCAUAUUCAACCAGACCGUCGUGGGCAUCCCGUUCCUGGUGGCGGUUUACUACGCCAUGCGCUGGCGCGGCUGCUCUUGCUCCCCCGAUGACCUCCCGACCUUCCAGUGGGCCGUCUUUGAGCUCGCCAUCUUCACACUGGUGGAGGAGAUUGGAUUCUACUACUCGCACCGCCUGUUCCACCACCCCAAGCUGUACAAGCACAUCCACAAGGUGCACCAUGAGUGGACGGCCUCCAUCGGCGUGGUGUCCAUCUACGCCCACCCCGUGGAGCAUGUGCUGAGCAACAUCCUGCCCCCGGCCCUCGGCCCCCUCCUCAUGGGUUCCCACCUGGCCACCACCUGGAUGUUCUGGGCCAUCGCGCUCCUGUCCACCACCGUCUCGCACUGCGGCUACCACUUCCCCUUCCUCCCCUCACCCGAGGCGCACGACUUCCACCACCAAAAGUUCAACCAGAACUACGGAGCCCUGGGCAUCCUGGACCGACUGCACGGCACCGACGCUCAGUUCCGCAACUCCCUGGCGUACCAGCGCCACUUCCUGUUGCUGUCCAUGGUCCCUGUCUCCCAGCAGAUCCCGGACCCACCCAAAAAGAACAAAGCCGAGUGAGAUGUUCCAAAUAUAUGACUGACUUGGGGGGGUGGGGGGGGAAUGGGGUGAGAGACACACCAUAUGAUCUUGAAAUUUGGAACACUUUUUUUUUCGUAUUUUUGUGUAAACACUGGUUUUCUCCUAUUUUUAGGAUGCAAUUUUGACAUUGUAUACUUACCUGGUCAAGAAAAAUGAUAUAUAAUUUUUUCUGUUUUUUUUUAAAAUUUAAAUAAUUUUUGUAUAAUGACCUCUCACAAUAUUUUAUGUUUAAGAUCUGAAAUGAUUUGUAAACACCCUAAAAACUGAACAGAUGCUCAUGUCUUUCUGCGACUCUUAGGGUGUGGGGAACAGUCAUUCCCUGCUCUAACCACUGGCAAUAUUUCGCUUGUCUGCCAGUUCAGUAAAUCCCCCCCAGCAUAUUUUGACAGCUGCCAGCGGGUGAAAGUGAAUGACUUUGACUUAUGUGAAUGGUGGGCUUUCCCCCACAGUGUUCACAACUUAAAGGAUUACAGAAUCUCCUGUGGGUAUUAUAAGAAGGGACCUUUUUAGGGGGGGGGGGAAUUUUCUUAUUUUUGUGUUUGUUGUUGUAGUUCACUAGAUCUGAUGGGCCGCAGUGUUCGCUCAGUUCAUAAAACACUGGUCUAUUAUAUGGGAAUCCUGAAUUUGAAUACAAUCUCGAAAAUGCGGUUGUUUUGCACUGGUCUUAUGGGCGUCCUGAAUUUGAAUGCAAUCUCGAACAUUAAGUUUUUGGAACUUUUUGGAUAAUUUAAUUAAAAUGAAUUGUGUUGAAAUGGAUGUAAAUCUCAAAUUAAGAUCUGGUGAAUGAUGAAGAUGUCUCAUGUCUUUGUCUCUUUCUCGUACUUCGGUCAACUUGUAAAGGAGAACUUCAUCAGUGGCAGAGACGUGGAGGCUCUGAGGGGCUAGCUACAGGGUAGAGUUGUGGCAUGCUGCAGGCUGUUUCACCUUGUUGAUACGACCAGCUGAACCCCAGCAGAGUAAAUUUUACAGGACAAAUAACAUUUUUCUUUUUCUUUCAUCACACACACAGACCUGACAGCCAGUGGGUUAGUAGGUUUUAGGAGCAUUUCCAGUCAAAAUUUAGGCCUGUCUUUGACUGAGUAGGCCUAUAUGAAAUGAAUAAUUCACUAUGGAUUCGUCAAAUAAAAGAAAAAUUGCUAUUGUGUGGGGUAGCUGAUCUUAUCACAAGAGCGACGAUAUGAUGCCUGGCAUAACUAGACGUCUGAUACGAUUGUUUUUGACGACAAGUUUUACAACGAUGUCAGGUCUUUUGUGAUGCCCUCUCUUUUGGAGUUUGUCUCCAGAUGUAGAGCUCUACUUGCUGUCUCACCAAGAUAUGAGAAACUUCUGUCAUGGUAUUGCAUUGUCACUGAGCUUAGAUUGGGCCUGGUAGAUCGCAUGUUGUCUAUGGCAAGGAGUUUGUUUCAGUUCGUCAUCGUGCCAGCUCACCGCUUGGAAUUUUUUAUAUUUUCUUUCUUUCUUUCUAAUAACAUGCUUCAGGGAUGUACGUUUGAGCUUUUUGCUUCUUUGAGAUGAUUGGAGAACUGGUGUUGUUGCUCAGUGAACUGCCGUCUGUUCUCUUUCAUAUAAUUGCUGUACUUUGUUCAGUUGCUAACUGUGGGUGGUUGAGUGGUUCUCUAAUGUGGUUUUCUUCUUCUUUUCUUUCAACCAUCUAGGCUUAUUGUUCUUAUCUCACAUCCUCCUUUGUUUGUAUGUUGCUCUCUUGUCAUGUAAUACCUCUACAGCACUUAGGUAACCUAUUUGUUUUGCAAGUAUCGUAAAACUCUCUCACUCAAAACUCAAAGUUACGAACUCAACUGAUGUGCAGCAGGUGGGGCUUUAAGCCUGAGUGCUGUCAGAAGGUUUCUCUCUCUGUGUCUAAGGCUGUUCAUAUCAGCCUGGUAUUUUGUGGAGGGAAGCAAGUUCUCUGAGGUCAAACUGACCUUUUCCCUGUCUUGUUGAGCACUGUGGUUGGUUAAAGAAGAACCUGAGAGGACUAACAUUGUGUGUUCAAAGGUGUUUGUCUCUGGUCCAACCAGACUCAUUACUCAUUUGUGGAAAGAGAGAAUAUGAAAAUACCAGACAGUUUCUCAUUCGAGCAGUUGAGGCAUUAUAACCUGUAGAAACAUCUUUGUUUUGAUCUUCCUUGUAAUAGUAAUACAUGUAGUGGGAUUAUGAGGCCUUCGUCACUGGCACUUCUGGUCUUACGGUAACAGUUAAGCUCUUCGUUUUGCACGCUAAAAACCUAAGUUUGAUUCGUUAUGGGAAAUUUUAUGAAGAGUCUCAGUCUUCCUGCUGGAAUCUGUGUCCCACAAUGGUUGGCUGGCCCUGACAGCUGGGCAGAACCAGCCUGCCUCUGAAAAUAAUGACUGAAAUGUCAGUGGGAGUACUUUCUCGUGUCAUUGCUUAAAUAUGAUAAAGGUAGAACUGUUGAGAGAAAGCCUCUCAGGUUCUGUGAA